UUUUAGGGGAGCCGAGCGGACCAGGAGAAAGCUUUGUUGACGUCCUCCACGUUAUAUGUAGGGAAUCUCUCGUACUACACGACAGAGGAACAGAUCCAUGAGUUGUUUGGGAAAUGUGGCGACAUCAAGCGAAUCGUCAUGGGGCUGGAUAAGGUCAAGAAAACUCCCUGUGGAUUCUGCUUUGUGGAAUACUACACACGAGAGGAUGCGGAGAAUGCCAUGAGGUACAUCAACGGAACGAGGCUGGACGACCGGAUCAUUCGUACAGACUGGGACCACGGCUUUAAGGAGGGACGGCAGUGCGGGAGGGGCAAAAGUGGGGGACAGGUCCGAGAUGAAUACAGAACAGAUUAUGACGAAGGAAGGGGAGGAUAUGGAAAAAUAGUGGCUUCAAAGAUCAACCAAUCACGUGACCCCAUGUGAUCAUGUGAUCCCAACCUGUGAGGCUGUUUUUAUGUGUGUUUAUCAGAGUGUUAAUUAAGGACAAGGCUGCAAGAAACAGUCCCUUUCCCGAUUAGGGAAAGAAUCCUCGUAAAAACUGCUAGUCCUACCUUCAAACAACAACUUCAUGUUAUGGAUGAUCUGUGCUCUAGAUGGAUUAUUUAUACUUUGUAUUGAUAUUUUUAAGCAAUUAAUAUUGCAGUUAAUAAUCCACCAUCAUUUUUACCAACUUUUCAUUUUGCAAAGAAAUGACUUCAUAUGGCAUGAUGUACACAUCUGUUCUAAGUCAUGAUCAUGAUUUGUUGCUUUUUUUCGAUUGUUAUUUUUGUAUCAAGUAAUACUACUUUCAGAGUCAGGGUUUUGUUUUUAUUUAAAUACAAAUUCCCUGCUGCAUUAUUUUAUGUGCAUUAAGAAAAUAAUUGAUAAUAUUUUAUAAAUUACAGUUAAACAUGCUUAAUGUAUAAAUUGCUAGGGAAUUUUGUCUUAAACUCCUUAAAUCUGUAAAAUUCUGUAUCUGUUUAGCUCACCUGAGCCGAAGGCUCAAGUGAGCUUUUCUGAUCACUUUUUGUCCGGCGUCUGUCUGUCUAGCUGUCCGUCUGUCCCUCUGUCUGUCUGUAAACUUUUCACAUUUUCGACUUCUUCUCAAGAACCGCUUGGCCAAUUUCAACCAAAGGAAUGAAGGGCCAUGCCCUCAUUCAAGGGGAGAUAAUUGGGAAUUAAUGAAAAUUUGGUGGUAUGUUUUAAAAAUCUUCUUCUCAAGAACCAUUGUGCCAGGAAAGAUGAAACUUAUGGGGUAAAAUCUUCAGGUAGUGUAGAUUCAAGUUUGUUCAAAACAUGUACCCCGGGGGUAGGGCGGGGCCACAAUGGCAGACCAAUCUUUUACAUAGAAAUAUAUAGAAAAUUCUUUUAAAAUCUUCUUCUCAAAAAUAGCCAAUCCCUAAUUGAUCAUAUUUAUAUGGAAGCAUCCUCAGGUAGUGUAGGCUCAAGUUUGUUCAAAUUAUGACCCCGGGGGGUAGAGUGGGGCCUCAAUGGCCGACCAAAGUUUUACAUAGAAAUAUAUAGGAAAAUGCUUUAAAAAUCUUCUUCUCAAGAAUAGCUUAGCCAUAAUUGAUCAUAUUUAUAUGGAAGCAUUCUUAGUUAGUGCAGAUUCAAAUUUGUUCAAAUCAUGCCCCCUGGGGGUAGGGCGGGGCCACAAUGGCCGAUCAAAGUUUUACAUAGAAAUAUAUAGGAAAAUUCUUUAAAAAUCUUCUUCUCAAGAAUAGCUUAGCCAUAAUUGAUCAUAUUUAUAUGGAAGCAUCCUUAGGUAGUGCAGAUUCAAAUUUGUUCAAAUCAUGCCCCCUGGGGGUAGGGCGGGGCCACAAUGGCCGAUCAAAGUUUUACAUAGAAAUAUAUAGGAAAAUACUUUGAAAAUCUUCUUCUCAAGAAUAGCUUAGCCAUAAUUGAUCAUAUUUAUAUUGAAGCAUCCUUAGGUAGUGUAGAUUCAAGUUUGUUCAAUUAUGAUCAGUCAUGGGACUACUUUUGGAUUUAAACUUUUCAAUAAUAAACCAAUUUCUAACCACUCUAGCCACAGUGCUCAGGUGAGCUAUGUAGCACA